AAUUUCGAACAUAACCCAACCAAAUUAUUCUGAUUGUCACGGAACAUGGGUGGUCAUGGCCGAAGCAGUCGGAAUGAGAAGUCGUCGUCCAGGAAUCGACGAAGAAGUAGAAGAUCCGAUGACUCGUACGGUGAGUCCGACGAGUCAGACAGCCGAGAGCUAUCACCGGUGAGAAGCUCCGGCAAGCGAGAUAAAAAAAGUGAUAGCAAGAGAAGCCGCCGGGGCCAGAGCUCGUCGCGUGGGAGGGACUCUGACGGCUCGUAUAAUAGCGACGAUAGUGAUGACCGGGGCCGCAAAAGGAAGAGGUCUUCAAGGAUCGUUACGGACGAAGAAAUUUCCGAGUACUUGGCUAAGAAGGCGCAGAGAAAGGCAAUGAAAGUAGCCAAGAAGUUGAAAUCACAAACGGUUUCAGGUUAUUCAAACGACUCGAAUCCCUUUGGUGAUUCCAAUCUCAAUGAGAAAUUUGUUUGGCGGAAGAAGAUUGAGCGUGAUGUAAUCCAAGGAGCGCCACUUGACGGGUUUUCUGUUAAAGCUGAGAAAGAAAAACAGAAAGCAAGAAUGGCAGAGAUUGAAAAAGUGAAAAAGAGAAGGGAGGAGAGGGCGCUUGAAAGAGCACAACAUGAGGAAGAAAUGGCACUGUUAGCAAGAGAACGUGCUCGGGCUGAAUUCCAAGACUGGGAGAAGAAAGAAGAGGAGUUUCAUUUUGAUCAAAGCAAAAUCAGAUCGGAGAUUAGAUUGCGUGAAGGGCGUAUAAAGCCUAUUGAUGUCUUGUACAAGCACCUCAACGGCUCUGAUGAUUAUGAAAUAAAAAUAAAUGAGCCAUACGUGGUUUUCAAGGGUUUGACAGUCAAAGAAAUGGAAGAGCUUCGUGAUGACAUAAAAAUGCAUCUCGAUUUGGACAGGGACACCCCAACACAUAUAGAAUAUUGGGAGGCACUUCUUGUGGUUUGUGAUUGGGAACUAGCUGAAGCUAGGAAGAAAGAUGCACUGGAUCGAGCUAGGGUGCGUGGAGAGGAUCCUCCAGCUGAAUUGCUUGCAGAAGAAAGGGGUAUGCAUUCUAGCAUUGAAUCAGAUGUGAGGGAUCUGUUGGAAGGAAAGAGUUAUGGGGAAUUGGAGGCUUUGCAGUCCCAGAUUGAGUUGCAGAUGCGUUCUGGUACAGCUAAGGUGGUUGAGUAUUGGGAGGCUGUUAUUAAACGUCUCCAUAUAUACAAGGCCAAGGCUUGCUUGAAAGAGAUACAUACUAAAAUGUUGCGUCAGUAUUUGCAACAACUUGAACAACCAGUGGAUGAUGAAGAGAAACCGGAGACUAUUACUGAUCUAGAACCUGAAAAGGAGGAAAGUGAACAUGUUGAUGAAGAUGCUCAAACAUAUUCCCCAGAGCCCAUGAAGGAGGAGACCCAAGAGGUUGAAGAAGAAGCGGGAUCAUUUUCACCAGAACUGUUGCAUGGUGAUGAAAAUGAGGAGGCAAUUGAUCCUGAAGAGGACAGGGCUAUACUGGAAAGGAAGCGUAUGGAUGUGUUAGAAGAACAGCAAAGACGGAUUCAAGAAGCCAUGGCGGCAAAGCCAGCUCCAUCAGAAGAUAACUUUGAGGCGAAGGCCAUGAAAGCCAUGGGAACCAUGGAGGAAGGGGAUGCCGUAUUUGGGUCAGGUGCUGAAGUGAACCUGGACUCGCAGGUGUACUGGUGGCAUGACAAGUAUAGACCAAGAAAACCAAAAUAUUUCAACCGUGUUCACACUGGAUAUGAGUGGAACAAAUAUAACCAGACCCACUAUGAUCAUGAUAAUCCACCUCCGAAGAUUGUGCAAGGAUACAAGUUUAAUAUCUUUUAUCCGGACCUUGUUGACAAGGGAAGGGCUCCAAGCUACACCAUAGAGAAGGAUGGGAACAGCAGUGAAACAUGCAUUAUAAGGUUCCACGCAGGGCCACCUUACGAGGACAUUGCAUUCCGGAUUGUGAACAAGGAAUGGGAGUAUUCUCACAAGAAGGGAUUCAAAUGCACGUUUGAACGUGGAAUUUUGCAUGUAUAUUUCAAUUUCAAACGUUACCGUUACCGAAGGUGAACUUUCAAAAGUGUGGCAGUUUUUCAUCCAUUCGAGACUAUAUGCUGCUUAUGGUGGGGCCUUAUGCACAGAUAAAUUUGGUUUGUUUGAAAAUUUCCAAGUAUAAUUAGUUUGUUAGAGAUUUUGUAAA